AUGUCUUCAAAUGCAGCUGUAAAGAUUGCACACAUUGAUCUCAACUCGUACACAAUAUUUGAAUCGGCAUUUGUCGCUGUGACUCUUUUUCAAAUUUUGUACGUGAUCAAACACAUUCUCAUCAUCAAACGAUACUAUUCAGCCGCCAAAUAUGAGGCUAAGAACAUGAAUAUUGUGAUGGCAAUGGUUUACAUUAUUGUUGCAGGAGAGGGUGGAGGCAUACUUUCAAGAGUUCUGAUCGGAAAACCUUCUCCUUUCAUUUCAAAUGAUUUUAGAAUAUGGUGUGGAUUGGGAACUUGGAUGGUUUUGUCAUAUCUCUUGUUCCGAUCUACAAAGGCCAAAGAAAAAUUCGCUGGAUGGCUCAAUCAUCCACUAUGGAAAUACAUUCUUAUCAUUCCGAAUGAGGCCAGAAGAGCUAUUGCCAUGUGUGUCAGUACUUUGGCCUUUUUGAAAAUUUCUCGAGCUGAAAAUCAUGCAUCUGUUAUUCUAUUCCCUACCGUGUUGGGUUUUAUUGCAGCAUGUGGUGGAGGAUUAAUGAUGAAUGGAGUUGAAGCAGCCUACGUUACCAAAAACACCGCUUAUGGUUGGAGAUCGUUUCUGGAGUCUCCUUCUUGGAAAUUGAAGUUACCGUUUGUCUGUGCUUUGUACUACUCAUUGAGCUAUUAUUAUUUGGAAAAUCUCAGCAAUGUUUCAGACUUGGAGAAUAACAUAAUUUACUUACUGGCAUACAAUGCUAUUUAUGUGAUCAUUAUUGCCUUUGUUUUGCUUCCAAUUUUGACAGAUUUGUCUGCAUGGAUAUUUGCUCCAAAGAGCCCGUCCAAACCAGUGGCUACUCCUGCUACAGCAAAGAAACCAAAGAAGGACUAA